GUAAAUGUCAAAUAUUUGAGGUUAUAAUUUUGUUUAAUCAAUAGCGAAAUUGAACAAAUCCAAAUAAUGAAUAAUAAGUUUUUCCUUUAAAUAUUUAUCGUUAUUAAAACUAUCGGCAUCAAUCUUGAGUUAUAUAAGUGAAUAAAAUAGAAAUCUAAUAGGAAAUGGCACCGCCCCCAAUAGUAACAGGUUUGUCUCCGAACGAAGGUCCCCCGGGAACGAGAAUCAAAAUCCGGGGGGAAAAUUUCGGCUCCCAACCUAGCGACCUGACAGGACUCACAAUUUGUGGUAUGGAUUGCCUGUUAACAGCAGAAUGGAAAUCCCCAAACAAAAUCAUAGCUAUAUCAGGUCCCGUAAAGGGUAAAGGAGACGUUAUUGUAACUACCAAAUAUGGGGGAACGGGCACUUGCAAUGUAACCUUCAGGGGAUACCAUCUGGCCACAAUCGGCCCCAUGAAGGAAAGCGCUGUAUGGGUAGAAGAAACCCCCAUGUACUCCUGGGGUCGUCACUCUUUAAGCCCGAGCAGCUUCCAACAAGAAGAUCCCCUCGGCCUCUCAGUGGAAGAAACGGAAAAUAAAAUAAGCGAAGAAGACUUGCAAAACUAUUUUCCAGGUAAAUGCGGUGAUAUCGGUAGCCCUAAUUUCUCGCCAGCUUGGUUUCUCCUGGAAAACCACCAUGCUACGAGCUUCAACGAUAUGAAAGCCGGUUUGAUUUACCUUAUUAGAAAAGUACAGCACCAAAAAGUCGGCCAACUUUCCUUUCUAAAAGCGAAUUUAAACAGUGUAAUCGAUCAAAUCGACACUUUAACUAAUUUACGUGAAAAAUACGACAAAGAUUUGUCGGUAUUCGGCAGUACGCCCACCAUUAAAUUGGAACGAGCCAUCAAAGAGUCGGAAAGAGAAGCGAGGAAAUUAUUCGAUGACGUUUUAGCUAGGAAAGAUCGAGCGGAAAAAACGAGAAACGCUUUAAACGUAUUACAAAGAUACAAAUUUCUGUUCUGUCUACCGUGCGUUAUAGAACGGAACAUAAAAAAAGGAGAAUACGACAUCGUCAUAAACGAUUACAUGCGGGUGAAAAACUUAUUCGACAAAACCGAAGUGCCCAUUUUCAGGGAGGCCCUAAACGAAGUGGAAAAACGCAUAGUGGACUUGCAAACCAAGUUGCACGUUGACCUGCAAUCCAUGCCCGUCACGGUCGAGCAACAGAAGCGAUUGAUUCGCUAUCUAAUAAGCCUCGAUUAUCCGCAAGACGCGGCUUGGGACGCCAUUAAGAGCCGAUGGGAGCACAUUACAAAGAGAUUCAAGGAAAUAUACAACUUCCACAAGACCAACGACAAAUCGGAGAGCGCCAAGAAACAAAACUCCGCGUCUAAAUACUCUAAAACCCAAAUCGAAAUCAUCUCUGUGCCGGCCUGCAUCAAUUUCAUCGAUGAAAUAUGCGCUGUUACCUCCGAACUGUUUCCAGAUUUCUGGAAGAUCGGCCAAGCCUACUUCUCCGGCGAACUUCAAAUUAAAAUCGAAGCCGGAAGACAGGUGGAGUAUAAGCACAUGGUAUUGACAGCGAUCGAAACCUUCUCGAAAUACGUCCGAGCCAGCAUUAUACCAAACACAUUGGACAAAUCCGAGCGCGCCCAGUACGGCUCUUUAAGCAGUCUGGAACGCGACGAAGUCGCCCUGUAUCUUCCGGAACUCCUGCGCUCCGUUCGAUCGACCUACUCCACGCUCAUUCAACUGGAUUUGCCCAACGAAGCGUUGGAUAUAAUCGGCGGUUUAUUGGUCGAUUUGCGGAUCCACUGCAUGAGCAUUCUCUUCCAGCAAACCACCGAGCAAAUCAAGCAGCUCACCGAGAACUGGAAGAUCAGCUUCAGCGGCAAAUACGCGGGCGUCACGGAUCUGCCUUUGAAGUUUCUGAUGCUCGUCGAGGACGUUAUUCAAAUAGUGAAGGAGUCCGCUCUGUCGGCCGAACAACGGGAGAGUUCUUUGUUAGAUAACGCGUCCGCUCAAAAGGAACUUGAAAGGCAAGUCGAUAAUAUAUUGUCGGCUUUCUAUACGGUGCUGAAUAAUCUAUCAUCGAAUGAGGAUUACGAUGAUUGCGAUAAUAAUUCACCGGUCGUUUCGCAACUAAUCGGAACACCCGUGGGUACUCACAAAACGAGCGGGGCUCAAGACAUCCCGACGUGGGAACACAGACUGCUCAUAACGAUGUCAAAUUGCAUAUUCACCAAAAAUACCAUACUAAACGAUGUUUCGCAGAAAUUCAAAGAAACGGGCUUCACUUCGAUAGACGCUCCUAUAAAAACCAACGGAAACAAACUCGAAAUGUUGGAGAAAUUAAUUUUGGACAAGUAUUUGGAACAGAAGUCCGAUCCUUUAGUGGGCACGAUCGAACCUUCCAUGUACUUGGGACGCUUCGAUUGGGACAUAAACGUUCUACCCACAGACAUUCGACCCUACGCCAAGGAGUGCAUAAACAACCUCAUCAACGUGCAUUCGGAAGUCAAUAACAUUUCCACGGGCCUUCUAAACAGCAUAUUGGUGAAGAUAGUGGAGACCAUCGCCGAAGAAUUGUACAGGUUAAUGUCGUGCGUACAGAAAUUCAGCAAAGAGGGCGCGCAACAGGCCAGGAUCGACAUCGAAGCCUUGCAGGAUGUAUUUCAGGAUUAUACUUCGGACAACGCGCAAGGUUAUUUCAAAGAGGCUCUAGCGCACGUGCCUAACUUAGACGGGGCCCAAAUGGCCUUGGUUCAAGACAUUUUGAAGCAAUGUAAAGCUAAAAUGAAGACGCAAAUUUUGUGUUUAAAGAAGCGUUGAAAUUUUGAGAUUUAGAGCAAGCUUAAACUUAUACCGUAACUAUUAUUAAUAUAGAAUUAUUGUUAUUUAAAAUAGG